GUGUUUCUCACCAGGGUGUCUUCAAGACCUUGGCAGCUGGGGCUGGAUCUUGACAGGCAGCCUUCAGCUUUUGUGAGAAGCAGAGAUGGGCCGUUCUCUUUCGUCACAUUGAGUGAGUGUUGCCUGUGCUAGGGGUGAGGAUAAAUGAUUUGGAACUUGUGGUCCAGUGAGAGGCAGACAGAAAAACACUGAAUACACUCAAUACAGAGGAACCCUUAAAAGUUCUGGGGGCACUGACUUGGCUUAGCUAAUGGAGCUAUGUGCGUGGGCCACACGCCAGAGGUUUCAAGGACUAGCUGACGUAUAAGUAGGGCCUUGCAGGAUAAGUAGGAUGUCCCCAGGGGAAGCUGGGCAGGACCUCUCUUAGACUCCAGGAGCACAAACAGCCACCAAACCACCGGGGUGGGUUUGGGGAUGGUGACUGGGUUAACUGGAGCAGUCUCUAUCACACGGGCUCUGUGACAGGGACUGCACAAGUUUAGCUGUACCUUCAGGUUUUUUCUGAGCAAGACUUGUGUUCUGUAGGGGAGGAACACAGUCCAAGGUCCUUUUACUCUCAGAGGAUGGGCAGAUCCUGGCAGAAGCGGAUGGACUCAGCACAAAUCACUGGCUGAUCGGGACAGACAAGUGUGUGGAGAGGAUCAACGAGAUGGUGAGCAGGGCCAAGCAGAAAGCAGGAGUGGAUCCCCUGGUGCCUCUACGAAGCUUGGGCCUAUCCCUGAGCGGUGGGGAGCAGGAGGACGCGGUGAGGAUCCUGAUGGAGGAGCUGAGGGACCGAUUUCCCUACCUGAGUGAAAGCUACGUAAUCACCACCGAUGCCGCUGGCUCCAUCGCCACAGCUACGCCAGAUGGUGGGAUCGUGCUCAUCUCUGGGACAGGCUCCAACUGCAGGCUCAUCAACCCAGAUGGCUCUGAGAGUGGCUGCGGCGGCUGGGGCCACAUGAUGGGGGACGAGGGCUCAGCCUACUGGAUUGCACACCAGGCAGUGAAAAUAGUGUUCGACUCCAUCGACAACCUGGAGGCAGCUCCUCAUGACAUUGGCUACGUCAAACAGGCCAUGUUCAGCUACUUCCAGGUGCCAGACCGGCUAGGAAUCCUCGUACACCUGUAUAGGGACUUUGAUAAAUCCAGGUUUGCUGGGUUUUGCCGGAAAAUUGCAGAAGGUGCUCAGCAGGGAGACCCCCUCUCCCGGUACAUCUUCAGGAAGGCUGGGGAGAUGCUGGGCAGGCACGUGGUGGCAGUGUUGCCUGAGAUUGACCCGGUCUUGUUCAAAGGGGAGAUUGGCCUCCCCAUCCUGUGUGUGGGCUCUGUGUGGAAGAGCUGGGAGCUGCUGAAGGAAGGUUUCCUGUUGGCGCUGACCCAGGGCAGAGAGAUCCAGGCUCAGAACUCCUUCUCCAGCUUCACCCUGAUGAAGCUCAAUCACUCCUCUGCCCUGGGCGGUGCCAGCCUAGGGGCCAGGCACAUCGGGCACCUCCUCCCCUUGGACUACAGUGUCAAUGCCGUUGCCUUCUACUCUUAUACCUUCUCCUAGGGGGCUGGCCCUGGCUCCACCCCCUCCGUGGCCAGUGGACAAUGGGUGCUGGGAGGGAAGGGGCUUUUCUUUCCUUUCCUUUUUUUUCCCCAAAGGAAAAACAGAGAAAAUAAAUGCACUUUACCCACUCCCCA